UUUCUGCAUAAAAUCAACCACGAUUUGUGGAGCUUCAUAAUACAUUUGAUACCGUGGAUGCUAACUCAGUCGCCUGCAAUUAUGUCGCAAAAUUCGGCAGCACCAUCGGACUGGCGAAGGUCCGCUACCGGGAUUAUUGCUCUGCAUAAGCACAUCUUGGCUAGUGGCGAGAUGAGCGAUGUGCGGUUCGCCGUGGGGCGCCAGCACGGCAAGGCCGAGGUCUUCCCCGCUCACAAAUUUGUUUUGAGCCUCAGCAGUACGGUAUUCCACACCAUGUUCCACGGAAGUUUACCGGAAAACGGGCAGAAGCCCAUUGAUGUCCCGGAAAUCUUGCCAGACGCCUUCAGGAACAUGUUGAAGUAUAUCUACACUGGCUCUCUGGAGGAAAAUGGUGGUCUGAAGGCUGAGAACAUUUUCGAAACCAUUUACUGCGCCGAUAAGUAUGACCUGCCAAUGUUAAGCGAGUUGUGUGCCAGAUUCCUCAGCACUACGCUGGACCAGCUGAACGCCGACAGCUGCCUCGUUUAUAUGGAGAAAAUGAAGCGUUGCGCCUCUUUACGCGAUCGCUCUGCAAGGAUUCUGGAAAUAUGCCUGAAAUUUGUGGAUGAAAACAGCCAAGAUGUUUUGAAAUCGGACCAAUUCAGCGAAAUCAGCCAAGAAACGCUGAUGGACAUUUUGCGGCGCGACACUUUGUCGGCUGCUGAGGACAUCGUUUACGCGGCGGUGGAGAAUUGGGCUGAAAAGGCAUGCAUCCGGAAGGACCUUAAGCCUUCCCAAGACAACCGGCGUGCGGUGUUGGGAAAAACCUUAAACUUUGUUCGGUUUCCCCUGAUGACCGAUGGCGAACUGGGCGCCGGUCCCGUCAAAAGUCAGCUGCUGCUGGAUAGUGAGAUAGCGGACCUUUACCGGCACAAGCAUUCAUCGCUCCAGCCAGAGCUGCCAUUCCCCACGAAAUACCGCACCGGUUCGCUUCUGCGCAUCUCUCGCAGCGAUGUGGAAUUCCGUAACGGGGAGAAGGUCUUCGUUGACACGGGGGAUACGCAGUGGUGGUACCCGGCCGUGGUGACGGGAACGAGUGGACCAUGGUUUGUUGCUUUGCGCAAGGACAAAGAACAACAAACCCUGGUCGAGUGUGCGCUGCAUCAGAUUGUGCGGGCUGCGAGUCUCUUGAAAUUUGGACAGGAAAUCAUGGCUCUCGAGACACGUCGGCCCGUGAUCGCUACGUUGCGCACCCAGCUAGACAAUAUCUACUGGGUGAAAGUCAAAGGCACUCUCUACUCGAGAAAGUUCGAUCAGCUGCGCAUUGGUCGGGAUCAGAUGGAAGCGUGGAAAAAAGCCAACCGAUCUUCUUAUUAGCGUAAAUGGCCUGGAUGUUGGGCUCGGGUUUCAUGGCCUGAAAUUUACGUAAUUCGUGUGUUGAUAAUUCUCAUUUAUGCGCUGUAAACGUUGCGGGUGUCAGGUAGAAUAAGUACGAUUUAUUGGAAUUCUUGGGUUUUCUAGAAAGUGGACGAAUUGAGUCUUUUGUUUUUUUUUCGGUAUCUGGACGGGUCGAACCAAGAAAUUUAGCAGUUCUCCUUUUUUUUAAACGACGCCCAAAUCGUAUGAUCAUUGAAAGCUUUAUCUGCGCAGUGAAUGAGUUCUGUUUUUCGUUGGUUUGUAUUG